GCAGUGUGGUUCGACUACAACAAGAUGGAAGCCCACAAGGGCGGCAUGCUGGCGAAACUGAGGGCAGGCGAAAAUGGUUUCUUGGUGUACCGCUUCGAAGGCUGCGAUGAGAAGGAAACGGAGCUCGCCAACGCCUUGCUCGCUGACAAGGAGGAAGGCGCCAGGGCUCAGAAGAGGAGCGCCGAGGCGGCGGCGAAGGCCCUUGCCAGAGCCCAGGCCAAGGAGGCGAAGGCGGAGGCUGGCGCGCAUCAGGGCGCGCGCAGAAGGCCUGCAGCGGCGGCGGCACCUGAGGCCGCGUUCAAAAGGCCCGCUGCGGUGGCAGGAGCGCCUGGAGAGGCAGCGGCGCCUGAGGCCGCGCCUGCGGCUCCAGCAGCGCGCGAGCCCGCGCUCGUGGCUGAGGCAAUGGCGGCGGCGCCGCACGACCCAGCCGCGGUGCCCAGCGCGCCCGGGAGGUAUUACGUGCACUAUUACAAGCGUCCGAGGCACAGGGCAGGCGUGGUCCUCAGAGCCACAAAAAAGGAGAUCGCGACGGUAGGUGGCAGCGGCUGCAAGGCUAGUGAGGAGUGCCUCAGGGAUCUUUGUAAGAAGUGCGCCGAGCUCAUGGAGCAAGGCGUCGUGGAGGAGGGCGCCGCGAAAGAUUGGUUGGCUUCCAAGUUGAGCGAGGAGCUCGG